CUGACUGUUCUAUUGCUCUUCUAUUUUGAGACCAUUGAUAAUGUUGCUCUAAUAUUUGUUCUGUUUGCAUGAUAGUAAACUGUCUGACAGUCUGUGAAUCCAUUCUCACUUGUAGUCCAAAGUUUUGGAUGUAGAGACAAUCUAAUACAAGGGACGUGGCUGUAAAUGUUAAAUGAUCUCUAAUGGGAAAUGAAAGCAGGAGGUAAAGGUGACUUCUGCUCAUUUCACAGCGGUUCUUGGAUAUUUUUGGGCUCACCCUCAAACUCUAAUGCCCUUCAGCAGCUGUAGGACUUUAGAAUCAUCCCCACUUUGUUUGUACAGACCUUCAGGAACAGUGCAGUACAUUUGUUCUUCUCCUGCAUGACUCACUCAUUAUAGAUUACAUGAGAUCUGUCUGAACAGUAUCUGCAGUUUAUGGGGAUACGUAAGAACCCCAAAACAUAAACACAGUAGGCAAUAACACACUCCUAAACAUCCCAGCUACAAUCUGAAGUGUCUGCAGAAAUUUUGUAAAUUUGUUGUCUGUAGAUGUCUACGUAAGUUAGCAUCUGAGAGGACUAAAAUUACACAGCCAUAGCCUCACACUCUGGGGAACAAAAACAAUGGAAGGUAUAAAUAUGAACAUAAUCAGAGCUCUCUCUCUUUCUCUCUCCCACUCUCUCUCUCUCGCUCUCUCUCUCUCGUCCUACACAUGCAUGCUAAUGCUCUCUCUCUCUUUCUCUCUCUCUCUAUCACACACACAUAGUCAGGGAUCAGGACAGUGAAGAUGCAAACUGGGAAGCACCAGCGGCUUCGUUCAACUAGAAUGGAGGAAUGGAAUCAAAAGAAAGAAUGUGGACACACAUCUAACAAAAAAUGUGAGUGCAGAUUGAUGAAAUAGUGCUUUUUUUCUAACAAAGAUACAAGAGGGAGAUGAUACCACCUGUACAUGUCCUCAACUGACUUUUAAUGGGGAUCUUGAUGAGGAUGAAAUCACUUUUAAUCUGCACAGUACCCAGCCUGCAGUGAUACAGAGGGCUUCUGUCUCCAGAGAGGAAGACACGUGGCAGAGGAAGAGGACCACAGUGUUGAUUAUCGAUGCGAGACAGACCUGAGCUCCUAUGUCUAAACUGUACAGCAACAAAUUUUAAUGGUUGGAACUGCUCGCCCAAACCUGCACUACUCCCCUCGCAGACACAGCCUGAUGAUCACCAGUGCCAUGGGAGCAGUGCGAGUGAACAGAUAUAGCAUCGUAGCUACGGAUGAAGAUGCUCUUAAGAUCUCUACUUUGGGCCUCCACAAUGGACACAGUCCCCUGAAUCAGCAGACACUUUUGGGCUCCUGUACGCAAGGUGAGGAACCAGGAAAUGCAGGAGUGGAAGGAUUUGAGUGCCCUGAAAGAAGAGGAGCUCUGUCUCUCAAGAUAACCAACGAACCAGUCGCCAACAGCAGCUGCCACGCUUCAUCUUCGUGCCCCGCAGACCUCAACCUCGACAGCAGUCGGCUGCGAAGCCGCUUUGUGAAGAAGAAUGGCCAGUGCAAUGUGGUUUUCAGCAAUAUGGAGGACAAGCCACGUAGAUACUUUGCAGACAUUUUCACCACCUGUGUGGACAUACGUUGGCGUUAUUUAUUGUUUAUCUUCACCACCACCUUCAUCGUUUCUUGGCUUCUGUUUGGCCUGGUCUUCUGGGGUGUGGCACUUGCCCAUGGAGACUUUGACCUCCACACACCUGUAGGAGGUGAGGACUCUCAGAAUUCCGUAGAGGAAGAAAAAGAUGAAUGGCGGCCCUGCAUUCUUCAUAUCCAGGGAUUCAUUGGAGCAUUUCUCUUCUCCAUUGAGACACAGACCACCAUUGGAUAUGGGUUCCGCUGUGUCACAGAAGAGUGUCCACUCGCUGUGGUGACUGUGGUGGUGCAGUCCAUCGUCGGUUGUAUCAUAGACUCCUUUAUGAUCGGCACAAUCAUGGCAAAGAUGGUUCGACCCAAGAAGAGGGCACAGACCUUGCUCUUCUCACACAGUGCUGUCAUUGCCCUGCGAGACGGUAAACUGUGUCUCAUGUGGCGUCUGGGAAACAUGCGUAAGAGCCACAUCGUUGAAGCACACGUCCGCGCCCAGCUUAUCAGGCCACACGUGACGAUGGAGGGUGAGUACCUUCCUCUGGAGCAGUCCGACAUCGACGUGGGCUAUGACGAUGGGACAGAUCGUCUUUUUCUAGUCUCGCCGUUGGUUGUGGUGCACAAGAUCAACAAGCACAGUCCUCUGUAUGACCUGAGCUGCACCGAGCUGCAGAAACAGGACUUUGAGAUUGUGGUCAUUCUUGAAGGAAUGGUGGAGGCCACAGCGAUGACCACACAGGCACGCACCUCCUACUUAGCCAAGGAAAUUCUAUGGGGCCAUCGCUUUGAGCCAGUGGUCUUUGAGAAGGGUGACCGCUACAUUGUGGACUACUCCCGCUUCCAUAAAACCUAUGAAGUGCCAUUCACACCCCAGUGUAGUGCCAGGGAUCUGAGCAGAAUGAAAGGCCACAGCAGGCGCUCCUCAACCUCCAGCUCCAGUGACUCCAGGUCUCCGUCACUGUUUGCUCCAAGGGCAGCACGUAACCUAAUGGGUUCCCACUCUCCCAGCGCUUUCUGUUAUGAGAACGAGGUCGCAUUGCACUGUGGGGACGAUGAAGAUGAGGAGGACUUGAAGCAGGAGGCAGGAAACCUGAACACGAGGAGCGACGGAGACAUUAUAAUGCAAGAUAACAUUCAGCUAGGGUUCAAGGAGACACUAGUGGAAGAGCAGACAGUGGAGAUGCUCUGUGUUCUGGACACGGAUAAUAAGAUGAGUCUUGACAGACUCCAGCCAACCCUACCCUUAUUCAUCAGCAGGGAGUCAGGGGUUUGAUCACUGCUAAUGGCUUAGAACCCCUGUUUGUUCUCUAUCUUUGUGUGCGUAGAACUAAGGUGUCGGAGCAAAAAUAAAAGAUGGAGGACACAAUCUUAGCUGUGUGUCUGCUGGGAGAAAGUGAGCUCUGUCACAGUAAUUAAACCUCUGGACUGGCUCUGGUUUCAGGUGUUGUACAUUUUCCAUUAAAAACAUCAUAUUUGAAAUGCAACGCUCGUCGACUUUAGUAAGCAGAUAUUCCUCUCAGAUUAGCGUCUCUUGAGGUGGCUUGUUCUUUUUUAAUCAGUAUGACAUUUGUAUGAGCUGCCACUUGUCAAACCUUUGUGUUAUUUUUGUAAAUACAGUCUGCUCUUUGUUUAUUUGGGGGCACGCAUGAUACCUGUACUCUAACACCUCCAUUUUAUCUGCUGAAAAAUAAAAGAAAAAAAAAUCCUUCUUUUUAAACUCCUGUCUUCCACUUUGCGUUCUGUAAUGUAACAUAUUUUAAAGCUGAACCAUCAGUGUUUUAAAGAGGCAAAGAGGUUAUAUUCACACAUGCAUUCAAUAUAUUCAAAUUAAACAAACAUUAUUUUCUCUUGUAUUAAUAAAUGAAACACUUUGCCACAGUGCAUUGUUUUAUGUAAGAAAAGUACCAAAUAAAAACUCCUCAAAACUCCAUUAAAUCUGUAAAUUUGUUUGUAUUUUUUUUUAACCCAUCAAACUUGUAGGUGUUUGUGUGUCAAGUCUAUAUAUUUAACUUUAGGGUGAAAGAGCUAAGGUUCACAGCUAAAAAAAUGUAUACAUUUCAAAAUAAAGAGUAAACGGGAAACUGCUAAUUCAAGGACAGAUAAACAUUAUUUAUAAACACACGUACAUAUUUGUCCAUUUUUCUGGUGGACAUAUUAGACCAGCCCCACCCGUCUGCUGUGCGUCAGUGUCAUCACACUCACCUGUGUUCUGAUGUUCAUUUGUGUCACUCGUAUCACCUGGUGUCUUGGGUAUAUAUACCUCUCCCCCUCUCGCUGUUAUUUUUGGCUUGUUGUUCUCUGUCCGUGCAUCGUGUUUUGUUCUUAGUUCUCGUUCCUGGUUGAUCCCAGUUCGUUUUUUUAUUCCUGUCUGGUCCUGUUAUCCAGUAGGUUUCUGUAAUUUUGAGCUUGGAAUAAACCUUCUGCACCUGAUCUACGUCUCUCGAGUGCUGUGUUCGGGUCCUGUCUGUUUCCCAACGUUACAAAACAUAACACGGUUUAAUUUUAAACCCUAUUGAACCAUUUGUAUCAGAAAUGUAAGCAGAAAAACUGCUUCAACUGUUCUUCGUUUUCAGCGACAUAACAGUUUCGCCUUAGGUCUUGAUAUGGACUUGAUAACAUAAUAACCAGACUUGAUUGAAGGGCAAGGGGGGAAAACCGUCAUUAGGUUAGAGCAGUAUUACUGAUCAUUACUAUAUUUGAACUCAUGAUGGCAAAACAAAACAAGACCACUGCUACCCUCUAGUGGCAAGUUUAAAUAACUUACAAAUAACCCCUCUUUGUCUAACGUCACCCUGCCAUCAGGUGAAUACUGUAUUUACAACCAUGACUAACCAGGGGAUAAUACCUUUACCAUCACACAAACCUCGUCCUCAGGUUCGGCCAGAGGAGUAGCCCGGGGGGUGAAUAACAAUUUUUGGUUGGUUACCA